GGGGCAUCGCGCAGCGCACGUGUGGCCAGAGAUGGGUAGGAAGAGAUCUGGGCGGAUCUCCUCCUCCUCCUCCACUCCAAAUCUUCCCGCCUCUUCUUCCUCUGCGGUUGGAGAUGCAUUUGCGCGGCUGUGCUUGAAUGAUCGCUUGGCGCGCAGGUCUGAUUUGGCGGGAGAUGAGAGUUCUUCCCGCCGGUGUGUACAUGGCGGGUCCUCGACAAGUUUUGGCGGGCUUUUUUCGUCGCAAUUAGGUCAUGCUGCCACGUGUCGAUCUUCGUCGUCCGUAGCGAUGGCGGUUGAUACCUCCUCCAGGGCGAUGGGUGAUUCUAGGUUGACGACACUGACCGCAUGUGGUGCUGCUGGACAUAACGAGAUCAGCUUGCCGCCCAUUUCUUCCUCUUCAAUCUCCGCUGAUGGGGAUGAAGAGAGCACGAAUGAGAACAUAGUAAUAAUUGAACUAACGAAGAAAAAGAGGGCAACGGAAAAGGAAAUGGAACAGAUCGAGAGCCGCAAUGGGAAGGCAAACGUAAGGACUAUGACGAAGGGGAAAACGCGGGAAGAGCAAUCUGGAGAAGCGGCGGCCUCCUCCUCCUCCUCCUUGCCUCGUGAUGGGAUGGGGGCGGCGAUGGCGGCGAAAAACGGCGGCGAGGUCGCUUCCGCCAGUGGUGCAAAUGACGGUCAUGUGGGGGAGAGGGAGAGGGAGGAGGAGGAGGAAGAAGAGGUAGACAGACGAUCUGCACAGGGUGAAAGAACUGUCGAGGAGGAGGAAAAGGAGGAGGAGGAGGAGGAGGAGGAGGAGGAGGAGGAGGAGGAGGAGAGAUCGGCUAGAGGGAGGCGAGGGGGGAAGGUGGGAACGGAUGGUCAAAGAACGAAGUUAAAAGGGAAUGGAGGAAGAGAGAAAGGGAUGUCGAAGCGAAAGGAGAAGCAGCUGAAGAAGGAGAUGGAGGCGAAGGAGAGGAAGGCGCAAAUUUUUAACGAUUUUUAUGAGGAAGUGUAUGGGCCGGAGCGAUGGCCAUCUCUUCUUGCGGCCAUGAAAUCCCCUCAGCGUCAUUGCUGUUUGAUCAACGGCUACGCGACGUCAGAGGGUGCGGCGGAGCAUCUGGCUAUGGUAACCUCUCCAGAGAGAAUCUCCUUCGUCGAUCUGAUCUGCUAUUCGUCAUUGGAACGGUUUCCUCACCCAUCGAAGGAUUCACGGAACUGUGCGACGUAUUAUCUUCUGGAUGCGGCGUCUGUAAUGGCCGCACAGGCGCUGGCGGUCGAAGCGAACGACCACGUGCUGGACCUGUGUGCGGCACCGGGCGGCAAGACGGUCGCCAUCUUGCAGAAACUCUCCCUCCAAUCGGGUGGCCAUCUGACGGCUAACGAGAUUUCCCAAUCUCGACGCCGACGGCUGCGCCAGGUGAUUAUCGACUAUCUUCCUCCAGAGCUCCGGCAGUAUAUACAGAUAACCGGCCAGGAUGGAACGAUGUGGAAUCACGUUGAUCAGUACGACAAGGUGCUUUUGGAUGCCCCUUGCUCGUCAGAAAGGCAUCUGUUGCAAGAUGAGAUGGAGUUUCUUCAAUGGACCCCCAAGAGGACGCGGAACUGCGCAGUCCGGCAGUACGCGCUUCUUUGCGCGGCAGUCCGUAGUGUGAAAGAAGAUGGCGGUCGUGUGGUCUACUCCACGUGCUCUAUAAGCCCCAAGGAAAAUGAUGAUGUCAUCGAGAAGUACUUGCGGAAAGGUAAGAUCAAGGUGGAGGUGGAAGAGAAGCAGCACUGGCCGAUCGGAGAGAAGACGAAGUAUGGAUGGAUCGUCCUUCCAGACAUUGCGGACAAUUGGGGACCCAUCUACUUUGCUGUCCUGCGGAGAGUGGUGUUCGCUGCUCCUGGGAGUGGAGGUGGAGUGGCCGAUGGCCAUCCCAGCCAUCAUCAUUGUGAUGGGAGCAGUGGUGAGGAUAAUGGCUUCGAUGACCUGAACAGCAAUAAUGACAGCGAUCAUAAUCGAGGGUGAUUGAGGAUGAUAGUUAAUUACGGCAGCCAUAAAUGAGGUUGCCUGCUGUUGAUGAGUUUGGCAAAAUCUAGCUGCAGAACUC